CUACCACCAUGUCCACCCGUUCCGCAGUGCGCACCCGCCAAGCUUCGCGCGCGGAGACUUCAAAUCAAGCAAAUCAAGAAGACGUACCGGCAGCACAAGACGAGAAAGAGAACGUGAAGAUGAAUGGGCCGUCAGGAAGGACCAGAGUAACGAGAAAAAGCUCCUCUAAGCCGUACUGCAUUUGCAAGAAGCCUGACGACGGAUCGCCCAUGAUCCACUGCGCGAGCUGUAAAGACUGGUUCCAUUUUCGGUGCGUUGAGCUGAGCGAGAAGGAUGCGGACGAGAUACAGCUUUACAUCUGCCCUUCCUGCCACCAGAAGACUGGCGACAGAACUAUAAAGGACUGGGAAGGUCCAGAGGCAGUUCAAGAGGUUCUCGUCGCAAACGACCAUGCCAGCGCACCGUCUUCGAGCACUAGGAGCAAGAAGAAGCCCACCGCCAAGCAGGUCGCACCGAAGGUGAAAGCGGAGGCGUCGGGUUCAUCUAGCGAAAGUGAGGCGUAUAGCCCUCGCCCAGAAGCUGCUCCCAAGACCCGCGCCCGUCGACAGGCAUACAAGUCUGAUGACGAGUCAGACUCGGGAGCAUCGCAUCGAGCGAUGAGUCCCAAGCGUCUCAGGCAUAGCGGCAUGGCCACGAAGCAACCUGCGCCUACCAAGCAGUCCUCACCUGCGGUCACAUCCCAGCAGAAGCGGAAGCAGUCUGUUUCUAGUCAACCUCAACCACCAUCUAAGCGCCCUCGUUCUGAGUCUACAUCUGGAGACGAUGCUAUUCGGAAGUACUGUCUUGGAAAACUGCAUGAGCUGUUCUGUCAGAUCUUUACACGCUAUCCUUUCUUGCCGUCGUCCGAAGGCGAGCACGAGCGUAGUGGGGAGUUGGUGCCAGACAAGAAGCCAGAGGAUCUUACGCCCGAAGAGAAGGAGCAGCUGGAGACGAAGGCCAGGCAGGCUGGCACCGAUCUUGAGCAGUCUAUAUAUGAGCUCUACGCUGAGCUGGACAAACAAGGGAAGCAGGUCGCUGCGGGGAAGUACAAAGAGCGUUUCCGGAUGCUUACGUUUAACUUGAGCAAGGCGGACCGUGUUGUGCUGCACAUGCGUAUAGCGUCGUCCCAUAUAUCACCGAAAGAGCUGUCCACGAUGUCCUCCACUGACCUCGCGAGCGCGGAAGAGCAGCAGUCGAUCAAAAAGCUCGAGGAGGAGGCGCUCGCGCACUCCAUCCUCAAGAAGGCGACCGUGCCCCGUGCGAAGCUCACGCACAAGGGCUUGCAGGACAUCGAGGAUGUGACCGGCGCCGGCCGGCUCGAAGCUGAGCGCGAGCGCGAGGACGAGGAGGCCGCACGCAUUGAGAGAGAGCGCCUCGCGCGCCUCCGCCUGCAGGCGCAGCGCGCCCAGUCCGUGGGCUCCGCCCCGCCUGAGUCGCCCGUUGUGCCCCACAACCCCGCGUGGGGUGCGCCGCCGCCCGUCCCGCUGCACGCUGGUGCCGACAUGUCCCCGUCCGCGUCGUCUACUCGACCUCUGUUCGUGCCGUCUGCCUCUGACUAUGCUGCUGCUGCAUCGAUGGAGCACGAGUUGAACCUCGCGGAUCUCAUAAACAUCGACGAAGAGCCGUCGGGGGAAAUCGCCAUGACUCCCGUCGACGCGAUCCCGACGCCCUUUGGGGAGGCCCCGCCGCUGCUCGUGAGGACGGGGUCCGACCACGCUAGUCCGUCCACUGCGUCACCCGUCACCCCCGCCACGACCGGCAUCUCGCCGUUCGCCGCGAAGGGCUCCCCGUCCGACCUCUCCUCCCGCCCAUCCUUCGACCUCAAUGCCUUGUGGACCCCUUCUUCCUCCGACCACCCCAUGGAAGGCCAGGCUUCUGCCUCACCCGAGUCCCAGGACGCGCCCGACGCGAUGGUCACGGAGCCUACUGGAGACGAGCUUCAGCUAGACACGGAGGACCAGGACUUCGACAUGUUCCUCAACGGGAACGACCAGGACCCGGAGACGAAGCAGGAGCCGCCUGCGCCUGUCGAACCUGCUCCUGAAGCGAAACCGGCUACCUUCGAGGACCACCCGAUCAUCUGGUCUGGCACGGUGAGCAUGCCCCUCGACUCCGCAAUCCCGCAAGAGGUUGCUGUAAUUGCGCGGCAGACCGGCGGACGGACACUAGGCCACGACUCUCCGCUCUGGCGGACCCUCUUCCCUUCGGGAGAGCUGCGGAUCGACGGGCGGGUUCCCGUCGAGAAGUCUGCGCAGUACCUUACGCAAGUCCGCUUGAAUCCUACGAAGGAGCUCAUCGCGGCUGCGUUCUCGCCUGCGGACGGCACCGAUCCCUCUGGCUUCCACGCCGUGAAGAACCACCUCCUAUCGAAGAGCCGACAUGGGCUCAUAUUCCCUUGGGGACAUAACCCGAAGUCAAGUGCACCCGGCCGCGAGCUUUACAUAGUACCGCUGUUGUCGAGCGACCCGAUACCGGAGUAUAUGGAGCUUCUCGACCAACUGCAGUUCCCUACGUCAAGGAGUGUCGACUACCUCGUUGGCAUCUGGGUGCUCAACAAGGGCAAGCUCGCGCCGCCCGCGACCCUGCCCGCACCAGUAGCAGCCCCUGCGCAUUCAGCUACUCCGCCUCUUGCGCCAACGCCCGUGCCCAUGCCAGUGCCUCAACCUCAAGCGGUUCCCAACCUUGACUUGGCUCAGCUCCAUCAGCUUGGGCUCCUACAGCCUCCCCCGCCAUCUCAACCCCCACCGCCUCCGCCGCCAUCCCAGUCCGCCCCGCCCAUCCCUCCUCACGCUCACCCAGCGCCCUACGCCUCUCCCCCGCCCUCAAACCUUGCUGCUGAGGUAGCUCAACUGACCCCGGAGCAGAUUCAACUGAUGUUGCAAACACUUGCCAAGACCACGCCAGCCCCAGUCCCACACCAGCCGCACCCAGAACCGUACGGCAUCCCACUCCCUGUACACGCUCUGUCGUCCGCCCAUGGCCAGCAGCAACCCGUCUCCAUCCCGCAGCCGAUCGCACUGCCUCAAGCCGCGCUGCAGGCGUGGGCCAGCCCAAGUCCUCCGGCGCCGUCCCAGUACCCCACGCCAUACCCACAACAGCAGCACCCGCACCAGCAGGGGCCCCCGUUCCCCGGGGCCCAGCAGCCGUACGGGGCCGGUGGAGGGUACGACCGCAAUGAGCGGCCGUACCAGAACCACGGCAACUCGUACGAGUAUGACCGGGGCGAGCGGGGUUUCCGAGGUGGCCGGGGCGCGCGCGGACGUGGCGGGAACGGUGGUGGCGGCGGGUGGCAGAAGCCGCGCGGGCGCGGUGGGCCUGCAGGGAGGAAUCGUGGGCGUGGCGGCGGGUGGGGCGGGGAGCAGCGGUGAGGUUGUCCCUGCCGGUGGUCGUUUGUUACAUGUUGACCUGCUGUCGUGCUUGUUGCUAGCGUUCAUGAAUACUUGUACUACUAGUCGAUUGCUCACACGUACUGGUACCUACCUACUCUGCCUCUCCCUACUCUGAUGUACUUGUACCCCCGCUACUACCGUAAGACCUAGCUGCUCAAUGCCAAUUAUGCUCCCCUUACUUUCUCCUCUACUUACUCUGCGUUGAUGUUGUGUAUGUCUCGAUCCCGCCUCCAUAGAACACAGAAAUGAACGAUUGAACGAC